GGGCUGAGAGAGAAGCGCUCAGGAGUAGAGUGUUUGGGAAACCAGCGGCAUGUCGCUGCAGUUUUCUCCAAGAUAGACCGAAGUGUCAGGAGCUGCUUUUCCUUCUGCCAGCACUCCUCCCGUUUACCUCCCCCCUCUCUCUCUCUCUCUCCCUUUGCCUGUCCACUGACUUCUCUCGUUGACUCCCUCCACCCAGCUCCAGUGGGCUGACUGAGCGCUGACACUGGGACCACUACCUGCUGCCUUGGGGAUUAAGCGCGCUAUGAAUACCCGAAGCCUCAUUUGUUGUUUUGGCUGCCAGUGAACGUUGGCUUCGCGCGGAGGAGAAGCCGGAGCAUAAAUCCUCGUGGCCAGGACACUGGGAGCGCCUCUGGACUGAGACAUCUCUGUGAAAAAAGGGACUGGAUGCUCGAAGAAGCAUCUAAAAAAAAGGGACAGCAAACCGGAGAAAAACUGGAAGUUCUUUCAUGAAAGGCAAAACUGAGGAAGAUAAAUCAUCUUAAUUCUUAUGAGAACCUUUUUCCUCUCGCUAUUUGGUUGGAAUUUUCUUUUUGCGGACUGCUGACACAAGGGAAUAAAGCCGAACAAAUCUUCGCCUCGAGCGGCUUGGUCGCUUUCUGAUCACACUGAGGUUUUUCUCCUUUUCUUUCUGAGUUUUUCAUUCAUGAAUGGCUUUGUAUUGCGCUGCUCAUCUGGAGCUGCUUAGGGGAGAAGACAGCUGUGAAGUGACAGAUCGGGUGGUGGGGAUCGGGAUCACUCUCUUCUCUUAACUUUUUCCCUCCUCUCCGCCACCCCUUUCGACCUUCUUUUUGGCCCCGGUGGACCAGUGGGUUGGCGGGGGGAGGGCAGCUGCUUACCGCACCCACGAGAGUGGCUUGGAAUAGAGGGUAUUGAACCGAAGAGGAGUGUCAAACACGCAGGAGAGACGGGGAGGAAAAACAAACCAGCUCCGUGAUCCUGGGAGCAUAUGGUUUAGCGAGAGGCAGCCAGCUGCUCUCCAGCCAUCCACCUAAUCACGCUACAGCAGACACAAGUUGCUCCGGUGACAGUGACAGGUUUGGACGGAUUUCGCGUGCCGGGGACCACGCCACAAGCCAAACAACCGGGUCCUUUGGAUACAAAGAAGUUGUGUUGAGUUAGAGAAGCGCUUGUCUUUGAGAGGAGAACACCUUACCCUUGUUACUUCAGCAGCCACAGGGAAGCCAAGAAAGAUGCACUUCUUAGGGAGAUGCUUGUGACACAUUUUCACUGAACACUGGCGCUUGGCUUGAUUUGUAAAGGCUUUUGACAAGAGAAGCAGGGGAGACCUCUUUCACGUUCCACUAAUUACCAGUCAGGGUCACUGGGAAGAAAAAGAGCGGAUUCCUGCUGAGGAUUUACUGUCGGUCUGCUGUGGAAGUUUCCUGUGUGGAUAUCACACUACCCGAGACGCACACAUUCUAAUGCACACAUUUCUGGCUUAGGUGCAUCUCACACACACACAUGCCAAAAGAGCACUAACACACUUUGUCAAAACACAUUAUCACCACCUACUUAAAUCUACACACAUGUUUGCACUGUAAGUAUAAACCACUUCUCAACACAUACACGUACUUUCACAUUAAAAUCCCAUUAGCUUGUCUUUUUUCCAGCGGGCACAGCAGAAUGGAGGUCGUGAGGACAGGUGGGGGACUGUAGGAGUCCAACAUUCCUGUACCCCGUCUGUCCUCUCCCCAAAUGGAUGUUAUUAUCUCUAAAAAUGCGUUGCUUGGAAACCGCUGAAGGCUUGCUGCUGGAAUUCUCUGACAGAAACAGUUGCCGGGUCCCUGCUACAGAGCACAGCUGGAACCACAGCUGAAACAGCCACCAUUACGCAUCUUUUUUGCGUUUUAUUUCUUCUUUAUCUUCGUCGCCUGCCCUCACCCCAACCGGCAUCAUUUUUUCCAACGGGUCUUUGAGCACCCCUCGGCGCACUCCUCGUCCCAUCAUCUCCUCCACCCUGGAGGGGAGGGGGUCGUUGGAGUGGAGCAUGAGCGGGUGCCACUAUCCCUCGCCACCGCUGCCGGAGCGGGACCGCAGGUACCAGCACAAAGUGUCCCUGGUGGUGCGCUACUUCAUGAUCCCAUGCAACAUCUGUCUGAUCCUGCUGGCCACAUCUACGCUGGGUUUCGCCGUGCUCCUGUUCCUCAAUAACUACAAACCACCUCACUUCACACCGGCCCAGCCUCCUGAUGGCUGUAGAGGGAUGCUGUGUGGCUUUGGCGCCGUAUGUGAGCGUGACCCAUCUGACCCGGCCAAGGCUGAGUGUGUUUGCAAGAGAGUGGAAUGUCCGUCCCUGGUGGCGCCCGUUUGUGGCUCAGAUUCAUCCACGUACACCAAUGAGUGUGAGCUGGAGAAAGCUCAGUGCAACACACAACGUCGCAUCAAGGUGCUGCGCAAAGGACCCUGCUCUCUGAAGGACCCCUGCACUGAGGUGACCUGCAGCUACGGCAGCACAUGUGUCCAGUCAUCAGACGGCUUGUCAGCUAAAUGCAUGUGCCCUCUUGGCUGCGAGGGGAAGUCUGUGCAGACAGUGUGUGGCAGUGAUGGAAAAGACUACCGCAAUGAGUGUGAGCUCCAUCAACAUGCCUGCAAGAACCAGAAGAACAUACGUGUGCAAUACCAAGGACACUGCGACCCCUGUAAAGACAGUGAAAACAGUCUGAACAUAAUGUGCUGGGUGGAGGCGCUCACCCGCCAGCCCCUCAUGUUUGGCCCACCGGAGUCAUGUCCCCCAAAUAACGAGCCUCUGUGUGCCAGCGACGGCCAGACCUACCCCAGCGAGUGCGUCAUGACGGCAACGGGCUUGCAGAAAGGCAUCAAGCUCAAGAAGAUCCAUGGAGGACAAUGCAGACAGCUGGAGGAGUGCAAGGAGGAGUGUCUCUUCAAUGCUGUGUGUCUGGUGGAACAGCUGAACGCCCGCUGCUCCUGUGAUCCCAUCGAGUGCGAGGGCACCUACAAGCCAGAGUGCGGCAAGGACGGUCACACCUACACCAACGAAUGUCUGCGACGCAAGGCAGAGUGUCUGAGCAAGAUCCUCAUCCCCAUCAAGCAUCAAGGGCCCUGUGAUCUCAACUUACCGAGCCCCUGUUUGGAUAAGGAGUGCGAACAUGGGGCUGUGUGCGUGGUCAAGAACAACGAGCCGGUGUGUGAGUGCCCCGAGGCCUGUCCUCAAACGUCUGACCCUGUGUGCGGAUCCGACGGGCACAGUUACGGCAGCCCCUGCGAGAUGCGGGCAAUGGGUUGCGCCCUGCAGAAGGCCAUCCACAUCCAACACAAAGGACCCUGUGAUGAAGCUUGUGCCAACUGCUCUUUUGGGGCAAUCUGCGACGCCCAGAGCGGGCUGUGUGUGUGUCCAUCGGAGUGUGUGGAGUCCCACCAGCCUGUGUGCGGCAACGAUGGUACCACCUACAACAGUGAGUGUGAGCUGCAUGUGCGGGCCUGCACAGAACAGAUGGAGCUCCGAGUGGUCAGCCAAGGAGAGUGCAAAACAUGUGGCAGCACUGUUUGUGCCUGGGGCGCCCGUUGUGUCCAGAAUAAGUGUGAGUGCCCACAGUGCUCAGGCAAGGCCUACUCCCCAGUGUGCGGAAGUGAUGGCACCACCUAUGACAACGAGUGUGAACUCCGCAUGUCCUCUUGCAUGCAGAAGAGGAGAAUUGAUGUGGCAAAGCCUGGCAGCUGUGAUGAAGACUGUGGCUCAGGAGGCUCAGGUUCAGGUGCAGAGAGUUGUGAACAGGACCGCUGUCGCAUGUUUGGAGGCUCAUGGGACGAGGACGCCGAGGACGACCGAUGUGUCUGUGACUUCGCCUGCAAAAGUGUAUCUCACAACCAGAUUUGUGGCUCAGAUGGAAAAAACUACAGCAACGAGUGCGAGCUGAAGAAGGCCAGAUGUGAGAAACAACAGCACUUAUUGAUUCAGAAUCAGGGACCCUGCACAGCCGAUUCAGCCGUGUCUGUGCCUGAGCUGACGCCGCCCCAGCACUGCAGCCUAGCGGUAUAUGGCUGCUGCUCCGACAACGUAACGGCUGCCUUAGGAGUUGGACAGGCUGGAUGUCCCAGUACCUGUCAGUGUAACGUCUAUGGCUCCUACAAGGGGACAUGUGACCCAGCUACGGGGCAGUGCUCCUGUAAGCCGGGUGUUGGGGGUCAGAAGUGCGACCGUUGUGAACCGGGCUUCUGGAAUUUCCGAGGCAUCGUGACGGAAAAUAUGAGCGGAUGCACACCGUGUAACUGCGACGCCACAGGCUCGGUACGGGAUGACUGCGAGCAGAUGUCGGGAUUGUGCUCCUGCAAGACGGGAGUUAAGGGCAUGAAGUGCAACGUGUGUCCAGAUGGAAGCAAGAUGGGCAUGAACGGCUGCGACAAAGGUCCCGACGCCCCGACAUCUUGUGAUGAGCUAGAGUGCAAUUUUGGAGCUUCUUGCAUUGAGGUGAACGGUCAGGCCCACUGUGAGUGCCCCUCACCUGACUGUGACCUGAAAAACAAAACUAAGGUGUGUGGCUCAGAUGGGGUGACCUAUGCCGACCAGUGCCAGCUGAGGACCAUCGCCUGUAGGCAGGACAAGGACAUCACAGUGCAACAUUUUGGACAGUGCACAGAAACCAUCUCCGAGCCGGCAGAACGACCCACCCCCAACCCACCUGCUACCAUCCCCAGCUCAACCGUUGCCGCCACCAUCACCACCGCCGUCCCCUUUCACACUAAGAUGGUGUGGGGUAUCCCGCCUCCGAGGACCGCCCCGACAGAGACCGUCGACCAGCCUCUGACCACCACCCCCUUUUCCACCCUCAUCCACAACCAAGUAAAUUCCCGCCACUCCAUUCACACCCAGCCUCAGGCACCACAACCCACCGUUGCUGCCACCACCACCACCCCAUCGCCUCGCAGCAGUCCUGUCCCCUCCACUGCCGCAUCCUCUUUUGAGGGUUCGGGCAGCGGGGAGCCAAGUGGGGAUGACCAGGCUGAAGAAGAGGAGGAGCAGGAAGAAGAGACGGGUAGUGGCGUUCCCCCGGAGGCCAGUGGGGCAGAGGAGCCUGUCGGUCCCGUGCUGGCCAGCAGCACUGAACCCACAGCCGCGGUCAGAUCGUCCUGUGACAACACGGAGUUCGGCUGCUGUCCCGAUGGCAAGACACCGUCCAGCACUCCAGAGGGCACCAACUGUCCCUCCACCAUGAAGUUCAGCGGUUUCCUGCAUCUGGACCAGGUGGAGGGCCAGGAGAUUUUCUACACACCAGAGAUGGAGGACCCGAAGUCAGAGCUGUUUGGAGAGACAGCCCGCAGCAUAGAAAGCGCUCUCAACGAGUUGUUCAGGAAGUCGGAGGUGCACAAAGAUUUUAUGAGCGUUCGUGUCCGUAACCUGGCACCCAGCAACUCCAUUCUGGCCUUUGUUGAGGCCCACUUCAAACCAGACACUAGCUACACCGUGGACGACAUCGUUGGAGCGCUGCUGAAACAGUUAAAGGCCUCCAAAGACACCAGCAUCUCCGUGAAGAAGCCAGAGGACGAGAAUAUUCGCUUCACCAAUUAUGGCCUGUCCACCAUCCCCAUCUUCACCACCACCACCAUGACAACCACAGAGUCAGUCACCACCGCGGCCCUCUCCACCACCACCACCACCAGGCCUCCGCCAACCUCCCCUUACAUCACCCGCCGCCCACCAGGCACGACCCGCAGGCCCUCCAGCAGUAGACGCACCACCACCACCUCAGCGCCGGUCACCACACCACGCCCCACCACUGCCACCGCCACUGCCACUACGACCGUGCCGCCUCCAGCCACCACCAUCACUCACGUCAGAGGCAGAACUCACCACAAGCCCCAGAAACCCUGCGACUCCCACCCCUGUCUCCACGGGGGCACCUGCGAGGACGAUGGCAACGACUUCAGCUGCAAGUGCCCCGCUGGCCGAGGAGGCUCCGUGUGUGAGAAGGUGAUCAAGUACUUCAUCCCAUCUUUUGGAGGCCAGUCCUACUUGGCCUUCCAAACCAUGAGCGCAUACCACACAGUCCGCAUUGCCAUGGAGUUCAGAGCCUCCGAGAUGACCGGCCUCCUACUCUACAAUGGCCAGGACGGCAAGAAGGACUUCAUCUCUCUGGCUUUAGUCAGUGGCAGGAUGGAGCUCAGGUUUAACACAGGUUCAGGCACAGGUACACUGGUCAGCAAAGUUCAGGUGAGUCAGGGCCGCUGGCAUCAGCUGGUGGUGACUCGCAAUCGCAGAAACGCCAUGCUCAGCGUGGACAACGAACCACACAUUGAGGGCGAGAGUCCCCGCGGCACAGACGGCCUCAACCUCGACACCCACCUGUUCAUUGGAGGAGUGCCUGAGGAAAUGAAGCAAGAUGUCAGGGAAAGGACAGCAGUGGCCACGGGUCUGGUGGGCUGCAUCCGCUUGCUGGAUGUCAACAACCGGGUGCUGAACCUGCAGGAGACUGGUGGUGACAGUCUGUAUGGCAGUGGAGUGGGUGAAUGUGGUAACAACCCCUGCCAGCCAAAUCCCUGCAAGAACGCUGCUGCGUGCCAGGUCAAGGAGGCUGAGAUGUUCCACUGCAAGUGUAGCAAGGGAUUCUGGGGUCCAACAUGUGCUGACGUCCAUGACCCAUGUGAGCCUAACAGGUGCCAUCCAUCUUCCCAGUGCCAGGCACUGCCCGAGGGAGGCUACAAAUGCGAGUGUCCCAUGGGACGUGAAGGGAGGCAUUGUGAGAAAGUGGCUGAGAGGAGAGGGUCUUACAUGCCACUAUUCAAUGGAGACUCCUACCUGGAGCUGAAGGGUCUCCAUCUCUACGGGCACGAUCUGCGUCAAAAGGUCAGCAUGACAGUGGUUCUCAUGGCCAAUGACUCCAAUGGUGUGAUCUUCUAUAACGGUCAAAAAUCGGACGGAAAAGGAGACUUCAUCUCUCUGUCUCUCAAUGACGGAAUCCUGGAGUUUCGCUACGACUUGGGAAAGGGGUCAGCCAUCAUCAGGAGUAAGGAGGCAAUCCAGCUGAACGUGUGGAAUACCAUCAACCUGGAGCGCUCCAACCGCAAAGGAGAGAUCAUGGUGAACAAGAAGGAUCCGGUCCGAGGAGAGGCACCAAACAUGCACGUAGAUCUUAACCUGAAAGAGUCUCUUUUUGUCGGCGGAGCUCCUGAUUACAGCCGACUAGCAAGAGUGGCUGCUCUCACAGAGGGCUUCAAGGGAACAAUCCAAAAGAUCAUUCUGAUGGGUACACCCAUCCUCAGGGAGGAGAACGCCUUGCGCUCCAGCAACGUAGCCAUGUUCCAGGACCACCCCUGUUCCCAGGAGCCCUGCCACAAUGGUGGCCGAUGCAACCCCCAGCUGGACACCUAUGAGUGUGUCUGCCUCAACGGUUUCUCAGGGGGACACUGUCAGAACACCAUCUACGAGAAGUCUGCAGGAGAGACCGAGGCCGUCGCCUUUGACGGACGGACGUUCAUUGAGUACCACAACGCUGUUACAAAGAGCCAACUGACCAAUGAGAUCCCAGAUCCCGAGUCUCUGGAGAACCCAUCUGACCAGAGUGAGAAGGCUCUGCUGGUGAACAAAUUUGAGCUGAGCAUCCGGACCGAGGCGACCCAGGGCCUGGUGCUGUGGAGCGGGAAGGGCAUAGAGCGCUCAGACUACAUCGCACUGGCUAUCGUGGAUGGACACGUCCAAAUGACGUACGACUUGGGCUCCAAGCCCGUGGUGCUGCGCUCCUCGGUGCGCGUCGACACUAACCGCUGGAUACGCAUCAAGGCCAGCAGAGCACUUCGAGACGGCUCUCUACAGGUUGGCAAUGAGGCAGCAGUAACAGGGUCAUCGCCUUUGGCAGCAACACAGCUGGAUACAGACGGAGCGCUUUGGCUGGGUGGCUUGGAGGAGCUGGCGGUGGCCCGUCGGUUGCCCAAGGCCUACAGCACCGGCUUUGUUGGCUGCAUCAAGGACGUGGUGGUAGACGGUGUGGAUCUCCACCUGGUGGAGGACGCCUUGAACAGCCCCAAGAUUUUACACUGUUCCGCCGCCAAAUAGCCUGGCAGAGACAAAAUAUUUACAAGAAAUGAAAAAAAGAAACCUUCCAUCUGCUCCCUCCAUAGCGCCCAUGUCUCCUGCUGUAAUUAUUUUCUAUUUUUGUAUACUUUUCAUGGCUUUUUAUAUGGAAAGAAAAUUGUUUUAAUUUUUGUUUUAUAUAUUUUGCUGUUUUGUUUUGUUUUUUUUAAAUCUGCACCUCCAUUUACAGAACACAAUUUAUUUCCCUUUAUGGCCCCUCAAGUGUUUUUUGUUUUUUGGUUUUUUUUUUUUAAGAGAUUUUUUAUUUUUGACAGUUUUGUUGAUUUAAAAGAAACACCAAGUUUGAAAAAAUCAACCGCGCUAUUUUACCUUGCUCAUUACUUGAACACGGUGGACCUCGCUAAUGAUCUCUGGUUACUGCCUUGUCUUGGUGCCAUAUCUAUCAUCCACAUUCCCCCAAGCAUGGCCGAUACAUAUUGAAUAUAUGGCAUACAUUCCCUCGUGAGAGCUGGACGCGGUAUAUGUUGUAGUCGCUGUGUGCAGUUCGGUGAUGCUGCAGCCAGCUACCAUCUAUAGUCAAGAAACUCUGUAUUCAGCCCAGUAUUCAGUCCACUGUAUUUUCCUAAUGGGACUUUUUAGAUAUCAGUCAAGCUGCUACAGUGAGAAAAUACACAGUCGAAACUACUCGAUCAACCCCAUCUCACAGCGCCAAAAAAAAAAAAAAAAAACACUCCACUCCUCUCUGAGUCCCAUCAGAGCCUUUAGUUUUGAAAUAUGACUCACUAACACUGCAACCCAACAUGAUGGAGAGAGUGCGCUGUGUUCCACAAUGACUCGCAUAUCAUUAGUCAUAAGUCAAGACAUGAAUCAUAGACAUGGAUAAAUGUUAUAAAUAUAGAGUAUAUAAAUAAUACCUGAGACUGUGAAUAUGUACGAUGGGUUCUCUUUGGAGAAUUGUGCUUCUCAUGUACUAUUGUGCGUUCUGUUCUACAAUCAGCAGAUGAACUAAUGAUGACCACUAUAAAUGCAUGCACUUCUACAGUGUUGGUUUGAUUCUGGUUUUUGUUUGUUUUUUUGUAUUUUUUUUUAAAUUCACAUUUAGUUCCAAACAAUUUCUAAUUUGAAAAAUGUCACUGUUUUGGGCUUUUUUGCAUUGAUUAAUUUAGGUUCCUUUUUUCUUAUUUCCACUGAUGUUAUUUCAGAAAGAGUUGGGAAUUACGUUUGUUCAUUUCCUGUAUACGUCUUUUGUAUUUUUUCUUGGGAGCAGUUAGUUUUGCAGGACCUUGAAUGGUGCAUAAGGGAAGAGUUGUUACCAUAUCUGACCUUAAGGAGGUGCUGAAAGCAAAGACUGAAGAAACAGCAAAGAGGCAAGGAGAGAGCUACUACUCUUGGGAACGUCCCGUCGACAGCAGUCAGUCAUCAGCACAAACGCUAAAAGAUUCAAAAAACUCUACCUGAGACUUAAUUUCAUUUUGCAUUUCACCUAAGAGCAUUCCUGGAGGAAUCUAUUUUUCGGCUGUUGAGUGAGAGAGAGAGAGAGAGAGAGAGAGAGAGAGACUGUGAUGUUCUUGUGACCUUCUGAAGCCAUAACAGCCGCAAAAACUGGGAAAAGAUGCAUAAUCCUAGACUACUUGCAAGUUAACAUAGCAACGCAUGGGUUUCUAUUACUAGUGCGAAUUCUGUAACAUUCAGUGAACUGUUGCAACUUGGAGUCGUCUUUGCUGAACCACAAUAAGCUGCGAUGACUGACUUAAAGACACUCAUUUUGAUAUGAGAACCUUGGCAAUAUUCUAAGACUAAAUCAUGCCUGUUUGUGGUUGAAUAUCAAAUGGUCUUGUACUAUUUUUUCUUACUUAAGUUCUUAAUUUUGUUUCCCUCCUUAAAUCAUCAAGCAAUCUGUUUUUGUACAGCCCUGCAAUUUUUAAGUGUAAAUUUAGCAAAUGUGUGAUCUGUGGAGGUUUAUGUUUUUAGUAAUAUACACUGGAGCCAUGUCUGACUUGUCUGUUCACCCACACAAUGAUAUACUUCUGUACAUGGGGGAGGGAUAGCCCUAAAGCUACUAGUACGCCGGGUGUGUUCAGGCUCUGGGUGUCCACACCAGACCAGGAAACCCUCUUCUGGUGUCUCUUUAAAUUCCAGCACUCACUCUGUUAACUUUAGACUGGACUUAUUUAACACACUGUUCUUUGAAUUUGAUCCUUUCAGGUGGUAACACUUAAAUAAGAAGAGAAUCCUGUGUAUUUGGAUGGAGUCAUAAACAAUAAAGACAACUGCAGUGUUAUGGUUUGAGUGGAAACUAUGAAUUGCCUUAAAAACCGGUCACCUUGACUGUAAGCAGGUGACAAAGACAUCAUCCAUGUAACUGUUUCCUUACUUUAGCCAGUGUGUUAGCCUCAUCCCCAUGAUAUAAAUGAGUAAUACAUAAUAAUAAUGAUAACUAUAUUAGUAAUAAUGCUCAUAUACAAAAAAUAUCCCAGAGGGCCUCUGCAAAUGUCCCAUCUGGCUUUUUACAAAAAAUCUUCUAUUUACUGUUUUUUGAAUCUAUUUUCUGUUCCUUAUUUAUGUCUACAUGUGGAUUACCCUCCAUGUCUGGCCUCUGUAAACUACUGUCUGACUGCGCAAACCUCGUCAAAAGGCAGUGCACCAAGUAAGAGUGGCAUGACCUGAACAUUACUAACUUUAUGACCUUUGUCUUGUGUUCCUACCACCAUGAAAUAAAAUGUCAACCAAAUAAUGGAG